AGGAUGCAUUGAACUGAACGGGACAGCCGGCGACGUCAGCGAUCGAUUCUCUGAAGCUCGUUUAUGAUGUGAGACGACCGGGUGCACUUUGCAGAGACGGCGGGGAGGAGGACUUGCACAUCUGCGCGCGCGCGCGGGGAGAAAAUUCAAACAUAAAUGAACAAAUAAAUUGCUCGCGCGCUUGCAACAAUUAUCUGAAAUAUAAACAUUAAUGCAUCGGUGAUUUGAGCUCGAGCUUAAAACGAAGCCUGAAGCAGCAGCAGCAGCAUGCGCCAGUUCGCGCUGGACGUCGGGACGCUCGUGACUCUGUGCACAGUGUGCGCGUGCGACGCGUCACGCGGCUGCGUGGAGAUUAAGUGCAGCGCGCGAGCCAACGCGACGUCGGUGGACUGCUGCGAUUUGCCGCCUCGCACCUUAGCCGAGCACGCGAGCUGGCUGGCCCGGAAGUUAUCCGGGCUGCUGAUCCUGCUCGCGCUUUUCGCCGUGGGCUACUUCGUGCAGCGGCUCGUGUGCCCGCGUCACCGCCGUCGCGGCCGCGCGCCACCGGAGCCCGAGUCGCUGUUAGGGGCGCGCGCUACCGCGUCGCAGGACACGCUGCUGGAGCGCUUUGAGGACAGCGGAGGAGUGGACGGAGUAGACGGCUUCACGUCGCCCGUGCUCCAGCCGCCGGCCUACGACGAGGUGAAAGACCUGCCUACGUACGAGGAGAGCGUGCGCGCGGCCGGCGGAAGCGUCAGACCCGUGGGAGCGGGGCGCGAGAGACCGGAAGCAGCCAGGAUUUUCAGAAACUCUGUUUGAAAAGGAGUUGGACGUUUUUCGUUCUCAAGCAAAACACAACGCGUUUAUCCGAAUUCAAGUGCAAUUAGAAAAGUGGUGGGGGUGUGUUGUAAAUGUAGGUGAGUCGCUCAUGACCCAGAACUUUUCUAGUGUUGUAUUUCUUUUUAUAUCUUAGAGAGAGAGAGAGACUCUGACUGGACUGGGCAGGUUUCUGAUGGGGAAGGAAUAGUGAGAUUUAUGGAAUGAUAUUUUCAGCUAGUGUAACUCAAAUAAUAAAUCAUGUAACGAAUAUUUACCACAAACAUGAUAUGAAAUGAAAAAUGUAAAACGUGCGGUUUUAUCUUUUUGGCCGAAGACUGUGAAACUCUCAUACACCUAAUACAUUUAAUGACUGUUUAGUUUUUAACAAAAUUACUGAAAUGAGAGGCAAAACAAUAAGCAUGUAGCUUAUACACUACCGUUCAAAAGUUUGGGGUCACCCAGACAAUUUUGUGUUUUCCAUGAAAAGUCACACUUUUAUUUACCGCCGUAAGUUGUAAAAUGAAUAGAAAAUAUAGUCAAGACAUUUUUCUGGCCAUUUUGAGCAUUUAAUCGACCCCACAAAUGUGAUGCUCCAGAAACUCAAUCUGCUCAAAGGAAGGUCAGUUUUAUAGCUUCUCUAAAGAGCUCAACUGUUUUCAGCUGUGCUAACAUGAUUGUACAAGGGUUUUCUAAUCAUCCAUUAGCCUUCUGAGGCAAUGAGCAAACACAUUGUACCAUUAGAACACUGGAGUGAUAGUUGCUGGAAAUGGGCCUCUAUACACCUAUGGAGAUAUUGCACCAAAAACCAGACAUUUGC